AUUGCGAUCUAGAGAAGAUACCCUUUCGAUUGUAAACUCUUUUUAACGAUGGGUAGAAGAGCUAAAAAUAAGCAAGGUGUUCCACCUUCGUUUGAGGAGUUCCAAGCCAAGAAGGAAAAGAGAGACAAGAAGAGAAAGUUGGCCGAUGAGCCUGAAAGACCAGCCAAGGCUACCAAGAAGUCUAAAGACGACUACAAGAACAACAAGGAAGCCAACAAUAAGAAGAAGACGAGCAACAAUAAAAAGAAACAAUCUGUAGAAGAUGAAUUCGAAGAGCCAGAAGACUUGCCAGAAGUCGAUUUGGAAGAGUUGUCAAAUGCUAAGAAGGCAUUAUUUGACGAUUCUGAUGAAGAAGAAGGACUCGAUGCUCUUGAAGAUGACGAAGAAGUUGGAAACGACGAUGAAUUCGAAAUCGAAGACGGCGAAGAGUUCUACGAUUCUGACGAAGAAGAACGUGCUAAGCCAAUGUUCUCUGACGACGAAGAUGAAGAUAUAGAAGACUUGAAUGCUGCCAAUAUGGAAGCCUUUUCCAGAAAGCUUGACGAAGAGGCUGAACUUGAAGCUGAAGAGGCAGAAAAGGAAUUAUUGGAGUCACAGACAAACCAACCAAGGGCCAAGGUGUUGCCCUCCGCCGAAGAAGCACAAAUUAUGGAACAAGGUCCACAGGAUGUUACAAUGGUUAGAACCAGAAUGAUUGAAAUCGUCAAAGUCUUGGAAAACUUCAAAGAUCUUGCUGAAGAAGGCACUUCGAGAAAUGACUACAUAAGUAGAUUGCUCAAAGAUAUAUGUGAAUAUUUCGGCUAUUCCGAGUUCCUUGCCGAAAAGUUGUUCAAUUUGUUUUCUCCUUCUGAAGCCAUGGAGUUCUUCGAAGCAAACGAAAUCGCUCGUCCUAUUACCAUCAGAACCAACACAUUGAAAACCAGGCGUCGUGACUUGGCACAGACUUUGGUCAACAGAGGUGUCAAUUUGCAACCUAUUGGGUCGUGGACUAAAGUUGGUUUACAAGUAUUUGAUUCCCAAGUGCCUAUUGGUGCUACUCCAGAGUACUUGGCUGGGCACUACAUCUUGCAAGCUGCUUCGUCGUUCUUGCCAGUUAUUGCUCUUGCACCUCAAGAAAACGAACGUGUAUUGGAUAUGGCCGCUGCCCCUGGUGGUAAGACGACGUACAUCUCUGCUUUGAUGAAGAAUACAGGAUGUGUGUUUGCCAACGAUGCCAACAAAGCCAGAACAAAGUCACUCAUUGCCAACAUCCACAGAUUAGGAUGCAAGAACACCAUUGUCUGUAACUACGAUGCCAGAGAGUUCCCCAAGGUCAUUGGUGGUUUCGACAGAGUCUUGUUGGAUGCUCCUUGUUCCGGUACCGGUGUCAUUGCAAAGGACGAGUCUGUCAAGGUGAGUCGUACAGAAAAAGAUUUCAUUCAGAUUCCGCACUUGCAAAAGCAGUUAUUACUUUCUGCCAUCGAUUCCGUCGAUGCCAACUCCGCUACCGGUGGUAUCAUUGUGUACUCUACGUGUUCUAUUGCGGUAGACGAAAACGAAUCUGUUGUAGACUAUGCAUUGAGAAAACGUCCUAACGUCAAGUUGAUCGAAGCUGGAUUGGAAAUCGGAAAGGAAGGUUUCACAUCAUACAGAGGCAAACACUUCAAUCCAAGUCUUAACUUGACCAGACGUUACUACCCUCACACCUACAAUGUGGAUGGGUUUUUCGUCGCCAAGUUUAAGAAAAUUGCUGCUUCUCCUCAUGAUGUCUCGAAGGCUGGUGCCAAGGAGAAGGAAUCUAUUGCCAGAGCUGAAGCUGAAGAAGAAGGUAUUAUUCAUGACGACUUCGCUGAGUUUGAAAACGACGAGGACAAGAGCUUGAUAGAUCAAUCCGUAAAGAGAAACUUGAAGAGGAAGGGUAUCAACCCUAACGCAGCUAAGAAAUAG